AUGUGUCCAGCUUGCGCUAGUGGAGUAUUGGUAACACGCUUGCCUCACAUGUCAGAUGUCCGGAAGUCAAACACCCGAGGAAAUGCAUUGCUAAUUAAAAUAUCUUCAGGUGGGUUCGGCAAAUCUGUAUUUAAUAGUUCAACCGUUUCGGCAACUGAAAAUAAACGGUUAAUCUUAGUCUGGCAUGAAUUUGAUGCUGCACAAUUAAUAGCUCAGUGGUUAGAGCGCGAAUUUACUAACCAGAAGGUCCGUGGUUCAAAACCGACCUCGGCAUCUCGACUACUUUUGUCUAGGCUUGAGCAACGUGGCUGUAUCUCGACCCUUGUGCAUCCUCCUGGCGGCAUGGCAGCUAGGAUCCGAAGGGGUGUUGCAGCUGAACAAUUAUCUUCUCCUGAACGCGUCUUCUUGAACUGGAUAUUCAUUGACUCCACUCAUUCAUUACUCAAAUCCAAGCUAAUGCUACGAGGCGACUCCACAAAUUCCGCAACAGAUCUCCCUUUUCAAGAGACGCAAAGUGAAUUUACAAGAACAAAACGUACUUCCAUGCCUUCCCAUCAACAGUGUCACCGUUACACUAGUAGUAACCACUGGCAUAUGGCUGCCGUAAAACAGUUGGUGAAAACGAUGUUGACAAAGUCGAAGAAAAAGAGGGAGUGA